AUGACGACUGUACAACCAGCCCUGAAGAGGUCUGAGUCAGUUGCAGAAACUAUGCCGGAAGCCUUGAGGCAAAGCCGAUACCACAUGAAGAGGUGCUUCGCCAAGUACAUUGAGAAAGGGAAGCGCUUGAUGAAGGUUAACAAUCUGAUGGAUGAAAUGGAGCAAGUGAUAGAUGAUCAUACUGAGAGAAACCAGGUGUUGGAAGGCCUACUAGGAUAUAUCUUGUGUACUACUAAGGAGGCUGCAGUUAUCCCUCCACAUGUUGCUUUUGCCAUUAGGCCAAAUCCUGGAUUUUGGGAGUUCGUUAAAGUGAAUGCAAAUGAUCUUUCUGUUGAUGGCCUCACUGUCACAGAAUAUUUGAAGUUCAAAGAAACAAUAGUCGAUGAGAACUGGGCACGUGAUGAAAAUGCGCUUGAAAUCGAUUUUGGAGCAAUGGAUUUCUCAAUACCUCACCUCACCCUAUCUUCUUCAAUUGGAAAUGGAGUCAGCUAUGUUUCAAAGUUUCUGGCUUCCAAGCUGAGUGGUGGUCCUGGAAGCGCACAACCCCUCGUCGAUUAUUUACUUUCAUUGAACCACCAAGGAGAAAAACUUAUGAUAAAUGAGACCCUCAACACGGCAUCAAAGCUUCAGUCAGCAUUGAUAGUAGCUGAUGCAGCCCUUACAGCCCUACCAAAGGAUACACCAUAUCAGAGCUUUGAGCUGAGAUUCAAAGAAUGGGGAUUUGAGAAGGGUUGGGGUGAUACUGCUGAAAGAGUCAGGGACACGAUGAGAUCAGUGUCCGAGGUUCUUCAGGCCCCAGAUCCUUUGAAUAUGGAGAAGUUCUUUGGAAGGCUUCCAAUAAUAUUCAAUGUUGUAUUAUUUUCUGUCCAUGGCUACUUUGGCCAAUCAGAUGUCCUUGGCUUGCCUGACACUGGUGGACAGGUGGUUUAUGUUUUGGAUCAAGUUGUGGCCCUAGAGGAGGAAUUGCUUCAAAGAAUUAAGCAGCAAGGUCUUAAUGUGAAGCCUCAAAUUCUUGUGGUUACCAGGUUGAUUCCUGAUGCCAAGGGAACCAAAUGCAACCAAGAACUAGAGCCAAUCUACAAUACAAAACACUCACACAUCCUGAGAGUGCCGUUUAUAACAGAAAAUGGGGUUGUUCCUCAGUGGAUUUCUAGAUUUGAUAUUUAUCCCUUCCUGGAGAAAUAUGCUCAGGAUGCUGCCAACAAAAUCAUUGAACUGAUGGAAGGAAAACCUGAUCUAAUAAUUGGGAACUACACUGAUGGGAAUUUGGUGGCAUCGCUCAUGGCCAAUAAACUUGGAACUACACUGGGGACAAUUGCACAUGCAUUGGAAAAGACGAAGUAUGAAGAUUCUGACGUGAAGUGGAAGGAACUAGAUCCCAAAUAUCAUUUCUCAUGCCAAUUCACAGCUGAUUUAAUUGCAAUGAAUACAGCUGAUUUUGUCAUUACAAGCACAUAUCAGGAGAUAGCUGGAAGCAAAGAUAGGCCAGGGCAAUAUGAGAGCCAUGCAGCCUUUACACUGCCAGGGCUUUACAGAGUUGUUUCGGGCAUCAAUGUCUUUGAUCCUAAGUUUAAUAUUGCUUCCCCUGGGGCUGACCAAACAGUUUACUUUCCGCACACUGAGAAACAGAAGAGACUUGCACAAUUUCGUCCCGCCAUUGAAGAACUAUUGUUCAGCAAAGCUGAAAAUGAUGAACACAUUGGCUACCUUGAGGAUAAAAAGAAACCUAUUAUUUUCUCCAUGGCGAGGCUUGAUACAGUCAAGAAUCUAACAGGAUUGACUGAAUGGUACGGAAAGAACAAGAGGCUCAGAAAUUUGGUAAACCUUGUUAUAGUCGGUGCAUUCUUUGAUCCACUGAAAUCCAAAGAUAGAGAAGAAGCAUCCGAAAUACGGAAGAUGCACAUGUUGAUAGAAAAGUAUCAACUAAAGGGUCAGAUGAGAUGGAUAGCAGCUCAGACUGACAGAAACAGGAAUAGUGAGCUCUACAGAACUAUUGCUGAUACAAAGGGCGCAUUUGUUCAACCAGCUUUAUAUGAAGCAUUUGGCCUAACUGUGAUUGAGGCAAUGAACUGUGGAUUGCCAACUUUUGCAACAAAUCAAGGGGGUCCUGCUGAAAUCAUAGUUGAUGGAAUUUCUGGCUUCCAUAUCGAUCCCAACCAUGGAGAUGAAGCAAGCAACAAGCUUGUCGACUUUUUCCAAAAGUGCAAGGAGGAUCCUGAAUACUGGAACAGGAUUUCAUCACAGGGUCUUCAGCGUAUAUAUGAAUGCUACACAUGGAAGAUCUAUGCAAACAAGGUUUUGAAUUUGGGCUGCAUAUAUAGCUUCUGGAGGCAGUUGAAUAUUGAUCAGAAACAGGCGAAGCAAAGAUAUAUUCAGGCCUUCUACAAUCUUCAAUUCAGGAACUUGGCAAAUAAAAUCAAUGUCAGAAUGGAGGAACCUCCAAAACAAGAGACAAAGGAGAAACCUAAGCCAAAAACCACACAAAGGCAUGAUUUCCAGUCAUCUUUUUGUUUCAAAUGUCAAUGA